AUGAACACUUUCCCACCAGCGCUUUCCCUCUCUGUCCCUCCUCUCCGUUGUUUAUCCGACAACAUGGAGGACGAGGUUGAUGUUGACAUCGAGGGAGACGACUUCGAGAGCAAUAUCAGUUGCAGCGAGAUGGACGGAGGAGGUUUAGUUCAGGAACCGCUCAUACAGCCUGCGGGGAAGACCAACAGCUGGACUGUGCCCUGGGAGCUGGACAGCUCCAUCAGCCCGGAGAACAGAGAGGUGAUAGAGAGGAUGCUGCUGGAAGAACAAUAUUACCUGACGGGUACAGAGAUUCCUGAGCACAUUUGGCAAAGUGAUGCUCCUAAAAAACCCAAAGCGAAGAAGUCUCCCACGAAGAGCUCGGCCUCCGGCUCGUCUUCUCGCUGGUCCAAAGAGGAGAAGGAUCUGUUUGAGGAAGGACUGGCUAAGUUUGGUCGAAGAUGGACUAAGAUUGCCAAGCUGAUGGAAAGUCGUACUGUUCUCCAGGUGAAGAGUUAUGCCAGACAGUAUUUCAAACACAAGGCUAAAUCAGAACCCAGAGCUGCAGCGCCCCCUGCAGGUCCUAGCCUACACAUACAACAACCCCCUCAGUCCGCUACCAGUCUCGUGUCCACUCUGGCCAACGCUGUCCGCAUAGAGAAGCUUUCAGACGAUGAGGACGAGGACGUGGACAUCACUGACGACCUGAGCGAUGACGAAGAGGCAGAUGAUAAACUGCAGGCUGUGCUGAAGUCUGAGUUCUGUGGGCCAGAGGAGCAAACAAAGAUUCAGACAGAAAGCCUCACAGAGGAGCAGAAAGAGUUGGCCCUGAGUGGAGUGGAGAGCUUCCAAGAGAAGAAGGACCAACCCUGCAACAGCUCGCUUUCUUCACAAAGUCCUCAACCCUCAUCUUCGUUUGUUUGCUCAGAGGAAUCGGGGCUAACUGGGUUAGAUGAGAAAGUAACUAAGACUAGGUCUGAUUUUCUGGACGGCCCUGAGACACAAGCACAGACAGACUCAAAGGAAAUGACAGAUGCAGAUGGACACCAGAGCUCCCAGUGUGAGAUUCCAGCCACGUCUGGACAACUGGAAGAAGCCAGCAGUGAAGAUUCUGCUGACAAGAUUGAGAAUGCUCUAAAUGAUAAACCGAACAAAGAGCACGAGGAGGACGAGGAUGAAGAUGAGGAAGAAGAGGAGCUAAGGGCGCCUGAACAGGAAGUCGAGAUGGACCUGGAAAUCAUCACUGAUGAUGAGAAGCAGGCAAUCCCAGAGUUCUUUGAGGGACGACCGUCCAAAACCCCCGAAAGAUAUCUGAAGAUCAGAAACUACAUCCUGGAUCAAUGGCUGAAGAGCAAGCCCAAGUACCUGAACAAGACGUCAGUGCGUCCCGGUCUGAAGAGCUGUGGAGACGUCAACUGCAUCGGGAGAAUACACACCUACCUGGAACUCAUUGGAGCCAUCAACUUUAAUUGUGAGCAAGCUGUGUAUAAUCGGCCAAAGGUGGUGGACCGCUCCAAACACAGGGAGGGCAAAGACGUGCUCGAGGCCUACCAGCUCGCCCAGAGACUGCAGAGCAUGCGGGCCAGGAAGCGGCGCGUGCGGGACAUAUGGGGGAACUGGUGCGACGCUAAGGACUUGGAGGGACAGACGUACGAGCACCUCAGUGCUGAGGAAAUAGCCUGGAGGAGAGAGGAGAUGAAGAAGCAGCCUAAACCCUGCAAGAUGUCCAAAUACAGAAAGUCUAUUGAUCCCUUCCAGCUGAUUCCCUGCAGGCCUUUUGAAGAGCAGGUACAGGAGCCAUUCCAGGUCAUAGUUUGUGCUGAGACUCUGCUCAUCAUGGACCUGCAUGCCCACGUGUCCCGGGGGGAAGUCAUUGGUUUACUUGGUGGGACUUUCAAUGAGGAAGCAAAAGUAUUAAAGAUCUGUGCAGCAGAGCCGUGCAACAGCGUGAGCACAGGCCUGCAGUGUGAGAUGGAUCCGCUGUCUCAGACGCAGGCUUGUGAUGUGCUGUCGUCCCUGGGCUUCAGCGUGGUGGGCUGGUACCACUCGCAUCCCUCCUUCCACCCCAACCCCUCAGUACGGGACAUAAACACACAGGACCAGUUUCAGAGUUAUUUCUCACGCGGAGGCGCCCCCUUCAUUGGCAUGAUAGUGAGCCCGUACGACCCAGCCAACCCCUCCCCCCACUCCCAAACAACUUGCUUGUUGGUAAAAGAGAGCCAAGAGCCCUCCGGCCCCCAGAAGCUGCCCUACAGAUUCGACUUUCUGUCUUCACAAGACAUCCCAGACUGGGAUCAGACGAUGAGGAGGGCUCAGUGGAUCAUCCGCAAAUAUGCUCAGAAACCCGGGAGUGUACAGAUGGACAGAUUGUUCCGGAGAGACUCUCAUCUUACGUGUUUGGAGAAGAUGCUGGCAUCCCUGGCGAGGUACUUGGAACCCUUUCCAGAUGAGGAAGGUGACCCCUUUCUCACCCAGAUCCAGGCCCUUUUCCUGUCAGACUUUAUUUCCAAGCAGCAGCCUUCAGACCAGGAGGAGGGAGAAUCUAUUAAUAUCCCGCACGAGCCUGUGGACUCAGACGAUGCUGACUUUGAUCAGCUGAUCAGUCAGGAGAGGCGGCAGGAAGGGGACUCUGAGACAAACAGCAGCACUGUGCUACAUCUGGGCUCUGUGCUGUCAACGGAACACGACUAUUUACUGUGAAGAUCUAUAGCUCAUCGUACUUGUACUAUACUACAUUAUUUAACAAGGCAGAACACUUUUGUAAAUAUAUGGAGGUUUUGUAUCAGUUUUGCAUCAGCAAGUGUCAGUGUGUUUGAGGGAGCGAGUGUAUGCAUGUGAGAAAAUGUUUUAAUUUCCACAGUUUUCUUUUAAAGAUGAUAAUAAAAAAAUCUAUUUUGA